UGCUGAGCGGAAUGUCCCGGGCCAGCGGCACAACUGCAGGGGCUGCGCUGCCCCUCCGCCCGCGGCUCUGGCGCCUUUGCGGACCUCGGCCCGGAGAUCCCCGUCAGCUGGAAUAGUAAAAGGACUCAGGCUGUGUUGCCCGCUUGGGUAUCCAAGCCGCAGCUCCUGUUACUUCUGCCCUAUAUUCUGUUCUGCUUUCCUCUGUCCAUUGACUUCAGGACAUCCAGGUAAGACUACAGUUUAAACUCAAGAGUUUGUUUGACUCUGACAGCUGGAGUACAGAGGCAAAGGGCUGUUGGUUUUGAUUGUGAAGAAGCAAACUUGCAUCCAUUUGUUUAGAAGCCUAUUAUGCUGGGAUUGGCAAGAAAUCUACACACAGCUUUCUGCAUGUUGGUUUGACUCAAGACCUGGAAAAGAAGUCCUCUCAAUGGAAGAUGACGGUGGACCUGAGCAAAGGUCCUGGGCCUAUCUACCCGAUGUCUGUCUGAGGCAUGUCUUCCAUUGGUUAGAUGACAGAGACAGAUCUCGGGCUGCCUUGGUCUGUAAAAAAUGGAGUUGUGCCAUGCACUCUGGAUCUCUCUGGAGAUGCAGAACCAUCACGUUCUAUGGCCAACCAUCAAGGGCACGCACACUGGAGUUUCAAAGUGCACUGUGGUAUACCAAGAAAUUUGGCAAGUAUUUGAAGCACCUUGAGAUCAAGUUAUCAAAUCCUUACAAUACCCCCUUUAUCAAAAAAUUUCAAGUGAUUAUGAGAGGUCUUCUUUCACACCUGGGCAAGUGUAAUAGUCACCUAGUAUCCCUGAGCAUAAAGUACCUAGAGUUAGACUGCUUGAUCUGGAAAAAUGUAGUUAGGGCUCAGUUUAUCAAGAACUUAGCUGCCUUCCUGAAAAGAAUGAGCAAUCAACUUGAUUAUCUUAACUUAAAAGGAGCAAGAAUAACUUUGGAAGAAGGCUGUGAGCUUCUGAAUUCUCUGAGCAGCUUGACUAAUAGAAGCUUUAUAUCUGAAAUCAAUAUUGAGGAUUUCUUCAGUCUCCACCUUUCUGUCUACAGCAGUGCUUUGUUCCACCAAACUAUGUCUAAGUUCCACAGGCUAACCACCCUGACUUUCAAUUAUAACUGCAUGUCUGAUGAACUGCUGGACAUCCUGCGGGAGCACAGCUCUCACUCACUGUGCACUUUGAAUAUCAAGUGUCAUAUCCAUGACCCUCAUGGGCAAGUGGUCUCAGGAAUGUCGUGGGCAAACUUGGCCAAGAGAGCCCCGAAACUGAAUGUGAACUUCUUCUUUGAAAGAGUAAUGAAGCAUGAUCACCUAGCUAGGAUCCUACUUGUGGAGAUCCCAGUUAGGAGCAUCAGCCUACGGAGCUGCUAUUUUAGUGACCCAGACUGGACAAUGAGACCUACCCUCACCAACCUUCUCCCAGCUUACUGGCAUGGUCUGCAGAAAUUAACACUUGAAUUGAACAAUGACCGUGAGUUGCUGGACAAUGAGCUAUUACAUCUUAUCUUAUCAUGCAAGAGGUUGUUAUUUCUGAAAGUCUGGGCAUUUCUAAGCGUCAGCUUUAUGGAGAGGCUGCUACAAAACCGUGCAGAAAGGAAAUGCAUUUUGACUACCAUAAAGGUCAGAAUUUAUACAGCCCAAGAGGACAGCACUGAGGAGGAGAGGCUGUUGGCCGAUAUUUACAGGAAAUUCAAGUACCUGAUUGACUCAGAACUUAAUUAUUUUGUCAUCACCUACCCAAUGGUGUAAACUACAGGAAGAGGAGAACACCCAGUGACAUCUACAUUAAUGGAUCCUUUGAAGGGCCUUAGUAAGGGAUUUGAAUUUUGACAGCAAUGCCUCUGAAAGGGAGUUAUCAUUCCAGCAAGAGAGAGGCAAGGGACAAUUUUAAACUCCAUGCAUUAAAAUGUUGGACUUGGGAAGUGGA